UAAUAUAUAAUUAAAUUACAGAAGAAUGGGUUCCUCUAUUAUACUGGCUGGGCUAGGUAUGGCUGCUGUAGGGUUCGCGGGUAGAUAUGCUGCUAGAUCAGCUCCACAGAUGGCGCAGAAGGUUGAGGAGGCAAUGAGAACAAUGCCAUCGAUGCCCAAGCUGGAUUCAGAAUCAUGGGCUAACUCUAAAUAUCAUAAGGGUGGAUUUGAUCCGAAAAUGAACAAAAGAGAAGCAGCUCUAAUCCUAGGUGUAAACCCUGGUGCUAAUAUCAAGAAAAUUCGCGAAGCUCACAAGAAGAUCAUGAUUUUGAACCAUCCUGACCGAGGGGGCUCUCCCUACCUUGCCGCAAAAAUAAACGAAGCAAAGGAUUUUUUAGACAAAUAAUCUUUAUUCAAUUAAGUUUUUGUAAUUUGUGGCAGCGCUGAUUAUUUUUAUACGGCGUUCUGCUUCUUCUUUGGCGGAUUUAUUUACACUGAUAUUCAUACUGUGAAAACAAAUUUGAGGAUUUAUCGUAUUUUCAGAAAA